AUGGCUGCAGUUAUGAAAAUAAUGGGUGUGAUCGGCAUCAUCAUGUUGUUCCUUGUUGCGACAGCUGUAAGUGACGAGCAUCCAAAUAUUCCUUGCUGCGAUGGGGAGUACACUUCAUGCUGUAAAUCAGCGGAUGAUGCUAAUGUUACUACAUUUGGAGUUGUAGUCGGUCGUAAGGGUGCUCUGGGCCAACAUUCGCUCAAUCUCCACCGAUUACAAGCCCUGGCCGAUGAUACAAAGCUGUUGCCACCAUGGUCCGCCCCAAAUUUUUCUAAAAGUCAUCUUCCCGUACAUUCAUCCGCCCAUUUCUGCUUCGAACUCAUGGUUUACGUCUCCAAGCUACCCGUCGUCCUCCUAGUUAUCCUCAGGUGGGAAUCCAGUGGCGGAUCCUAG